AGAUACAUUUGUUUCAGUAACAAUAAGUCCAACUGACUUAACUUCAACAAAAAAAAGUUCAAAGAGCCUCAAGCGCAAGAACAUGUUCAAUCAGUUUCAGCACUACAUUCUCAUAUAUUUAAUUAAAUUAUUGACACUUGUUUAUAUUUAAGACGAAAUAUUCACUCGCAUGAUGGUUACUACUUACUACUAGCACAUCAUUUUAUUCAUAAAAAAAACCAUAGUAGCAGCCAUUCUAAAAAAUUUCAGUUGUACAAAACAAUAAACCAAACAGCCAUGUCGGAUUCUCCUUCAUCUUGUUCCUCCUCCAACAACAUCAUUAACUUCUCCAAAACCCUUCUUCUUCAUUUUCUAGUACUCUUCCUCCUCACACUUUUUUCCCUCCCAAAAACAAGCUCACUUUCCUUCAACAUAACAAACUUCGACGACCAAACCGUCGCAAAAAACAUGCUAUACGAAGGUGACGGAAAAUCCACAAACGGUUCCAUUGACUUAAACAAAGUAAGUUACCUUUUCCGCGUAGGAAGAGCAAUCUAUUCACAACCAUUACACUUAUACGACAACACAACCAACACUCUCACCGAUUUCACAACCCGUUUUACCUUCACAAUUGAUAAACUAAACGACACGUCGUUUGGCGAUGGUUUCGCUUUUUACUUAGCACCUUUAGGUUACCAAAUUCCACCCAAUUCAGCUGGGGGUGUUUUUGGUCUUUUCAAUGCUACAACAAAUAGUGAUCUUCUUAUCAACCAUGUUGUUGCUGUUGAGUUUGAUACUUUUGUUGGGUCAACUGACCCACCAAUGAAACAUGUUGGUAUUGAUGAUAAUGCUUUGACUUCUGUUGCUUUUGGGAAAUUUGAUAUUGAUAAUAAUCUUGGUAGAUUGUGUUAUGUUUUGAUUGAUUAUAGUUCUAGGACUAAGAUUUUGGAAGUUUUUUGGUCUUUUAAGAGGAGGAUUGUGAAAGGUGAUAGUGAUUUUGCUGAUUUGGUACGAAAUUCGAGUAUUUCGUAUCGAAUUGAUCUUAUGGAGAAGCUACCUGAAUUUGUGAAUGUUGGAUUUUCGGCUUCAACGGGGCUUUCGACUGAGAGUAAUGUUAUUCAUAGUUGGGAGUUUAGUUCGAGUUUGAAUUCGAGUGUGGAUUUGUUCGAGGGAAAUGAAGGAAAAGGGAUGAAGAAAAAGAAGUUGAAUGUGGUUGUGAUUGUGGUUGCAGUGGUUGUUCCUGUUAUUUUGGUAUUUUUUAUAGCAGGUGUUGUUGGUUGGAUGAUAUUGAAGAGGAAAAGAAAGAAUUUUGAUGAUGGGUUGGAUGAAUAUGGAGGACCCGUUUCGGCGAAAUUCGAUUUGGAUAAAGGGACUAUACCGAGAAGAUUCGAGUAUAGUGAACUAGUUGCAGCUACUAAUGGUUUUUCUGAUGAUAGAAUGCUUGGAAGAGGUGGUUAUGGACAAGUUUACAAAGGUGUUUUGAGUUAUCUAGGAAGAGUUGUUGCUGUCAAGAGGAUUUUUGCUGAUUUUGAGGAUUCAGAAAGAGUUUUCAUCAAUGAGGUUAGGAUCAUAAGCCGUUUGAUACAUAGAAACUUGGUUCAAUUCAUAGGUUGGUGUCAUGAACAAGGUGAGUUUCUAUUGGUUUUUGAGUACAUGCCUAAUGGAAGCCUUGACACACAUUUAUUUGGUGACAAGAAAAGUUUGGUUUGGGAUGUUAGAUACAAAAUUGCAUUAGGUGUAGCAAAUGCACUUCGUUACCUUCAUGAUGAUGCAGAACAAUGUGUUCUUCACAGAGACAUAAAAUCAGGUAAUGUGUUGUUGGACACUGAUUUCAGCACGAAGCUCGGUGAUUUCGGUAUGGCGAAGCUGGUUGAUCCAAUGUUAAGGACACAAAGAACAGGUGUAGUUGGAACUUAUGGUUAUUUAGCACCUGAAUACAUCAAUGGAGGAAGGGCUAGUAAAGAAUCUGAUAUGUAUAGUUUUGGAAUUGUGGCUUUAGAACUUGCAACUGGUAGAAGGAUUUUUCAAGAGGGUGAGUUUCAUGUGCCUUUGAUGAAUUGGUGUUGGGGACUUUAUGUUGAAGGGAAUCUUAUGAGUGCUGCUGAUGAAAGAUUGAAUCAAAUGUUUGAUGUUAGUGAAAUGAAGAGUUUGCUUAUUGUAGGGUUAUGGUGUACUCAUUCAAAUGAUAAAGAAAGGCCUAAGGCUUAUGAAGUGAUUAAGGUUCUUCAACUUGAAAUGGCAUUACCUGAACUACCACUUGAUAUGCAUGAUCGUGUUCCUCCUAUUGUAACUUUUAGACAAUCUACUAAUUGUGUUUCUUUGUCACCACAUAUGACUAAUAGUCUUGUUAGUGUUGGACGUUAGUUAGUUGUAUUGAAUUUGUAUGUAUGUUUUGAUUGUAGCUAUUUUUUUUUUUUUUUUUGAAUUGAAUUCAUUCUAUUUCUAUGUAUUUGAUUUCUUUAUGUGAUAUAUUGUUUGAUAACUUCGGUAUUUAGAUGAAGUAAUUUGGUUAAUCCU